CUUGAUGUUACAAUAACUCGCGAAAAACUCAAUAUUAUGAGCUCAAAUUUAUACUGAGAACUAUCAAUGGUCAGAUACAUAUUCAAUAAAAAUUUCAGUAAGAUUGAGUGUUCUGGGGAAAAAAAAAAUUUAGAGGGGGGGUGGGCCUUAAAAUCUUUUCAAACUGUUUUCAAGGAAAGACUUUGGCACUGAGCCGAUUUUCCAUAUAUAACAAACUGAUAAAUGCGUUUACCUUUGAUUUCUAAUCUUCAAAACUUCGAAGAAGUUAUAUUCCAUCAUCAAAGUUAACGUAUUUGAAACUGACCAUUUGCCGAAACACUCAGUUUGAACAAGUUAAAUCGUUGUUAAAAUUAUGUGGUAUAAAUCUCAAACAAUUUUAUUUUCUCACCGAUAAGAUGCAUACGAAUGAUUUUACCUAUACGGAUGUUGCCGCAUGGAAAAAAUUAAUUCAUGCCUAUUUACCAGCAUUAGAAAUAUUUCAAUUUACAAUUAUCAUUUUAAAUAUGUUUUUAGAACAAACAUCAUUAGAUGAUUUGUUUCUAGAAUUUAACAAAUGGAUGUAACAGAUUUAUUCGUUAUUUUCCUGUUACAUGUGAUUACGAACAAAAUUUAGAUCGUUUAUCACUUUAUACUCAACCUUUUUGUUAUUACUGGCAUUCAACGGCAUUGUACAAUUUGAUAUCACCCUUCUCCGACUCCAGUGGUACUAUUGUGUAUGAUCAAGUUAAAUUUUUGGCUAUACAUAAUGAAUCAAAAGAAAAUGUAGGAGGUGUUCUAUUAUUACAAGAUUGUAUUAGUUUCGAUCAGCUUCAACUCAUAUUAGAGCAAUCAUCGAAUUUAAAUGCACUCACGUUACCAUUAAAAUACUUGACUGUAUUACUGCACAACGUACCAUCACCGCUACAUAUAUUACUGCAACAAAAAGUCAAAUUAUUAAAAAUUGAAGAUGAAUGGUCAAUAGAAAAUGAGGAAGAUUAUUUGUUAAUUGAAUAA